AUCGUUCAUAUAAUUUCUGAUGCUAAAUUACGAACAACAACACUGGGGUUAAAAUUCAAAUGAUUUACUUCUAAUCUAAAUGAUCUACUUCAUAAUCUGACACUUCUAUAGGUUCUUCAGUGAUCCCAAACUCUCAAAUAUUUAGCUAUAAUUUCAGAGAGCCUCAGGUUUUAUCGAAAAACAAGAUUAUUACAGACAAGAGAAGCAAACUUAUGGCAUCAAAUCUAAAGUGAAGAGUUGGACUGAAAGAAGAAAUAAAGACAAGGAAUUUAAGCAGAAAAAUAAUGAGCGAAUUCAGGAUCCAAUCUCUUGACAAGGAAAGCUCUGAAGUAAUGAUGAUCAGGAGGCCUGAUAAGGGAUUGUCUAAAACUAAGGAAAAAUAAAAACAAGCAUUUAAAGAAGAUGCUGAAGCAAUUUAAAUACUUCCAUUUAGACAAAUCUAAACGAGAUGUCUCUAGAUCCGGACUCCGGAGAGACCAUGAAGAAGCAGCCCCAAGGAUUUAAACGUCUUGGGUCUGAUGAAAUCAUCUACACGAGGGGCUUAAGCAAAAAGAUAUAACAAUGCCUAACACACUUUUUAAGAAUUCGAGGUUAAGCGAUCUGGUAGAGUUGAAAUAAGGAAAAAGAAGGACACUCAAACUCAUUCUUUGCAUACAGCCCUGAUGACAUUGCACUUGAAGAUCAAUGUAAAUAAGCUCGGAGAGAAACUCCCAGAUAUCUCAUUUAAUAGCAAAAAGAAGAUUAAGUUUAAGAAUGGCCAGCUUAAAUAAAAAGCUCAAACCUUUGCGAACACUUAAAAUGGAUACUGAUAUUGCCAAUAUUAAUAAAUGGUUCAGUAUUGGCCAGAAAGGACCUAAGAACUUCAAGUUCAGAGAGCCAUGUAUAGUAUCAAGUAAUAGGAAAGCUCAAUCCCAAUCCCAAUCAGAUAUAAAGCCUGCUUUUACCACAGCAAUACAGCCUCGGUUCAGGAGCAAGCUGAGCUCUUUAUUCCAAUGUAAAGAACCUGCAACCACUUUUUUGAAAGUUUAAGAAUACUCGGAAUAACUCUAUUAUUUCUGUUGCACGGAGAGAAGACAAAUCAUGGAAACAGAAAACUCUUGAAAAUUAACACUCUCAAAAUGAGCUUUUUUAGCUUGAAAUAUCUAAUAGAUUGAGUAAAGAGCUAAUCAGCAAUUAAAGAUACCUGGAGCUUGUCAGUGAAGACUAAUAAGGACAACGACACAUCAAUCAUAGAAUUUCCAGGCUAUCAUUAUGAAAAAUAAUUCAAUUUUUUGUGAAAUUUUG